CCGGCUGGUAGAGGCGGGCGGAUCGGAGGGCAGGGAUGCCGGGACCGUCUCCCGGCGGCUCCCCGGAGAGGGAGGUGGGGACCGGCGGGCGGCAGCGGGGCCAUGGCCGGGGCAGGCGGGUGCGGUUCCGGCUGCCCCCCACCGCCAUCGCGCUGCCGUCUGUGCGCGAGGAGGAGCAGGUUUUCUACCGGCGGCUGGAGGCUCUGGCGGCCCCGGGCCCCGGAGGCUUCGGGCCGCUCUUCGUAGCCGACGGCUGGAGCGACUUGACGGAGGACCGGCUGCUGCGGAAACGCGUGGUGAGGGAUGGGCAGGAGGGGCUGCGGCCGCGGCCAGGGCAGGAGGUGUCGGUGAAAGUGCUGGGCGCGCUGGAGGACGGAGGGCUGGUGGAGCGGGACCCGCGGCUCACCUUCGUACCGGGCUACGGCGACGUCGUGCAGGCCCUAGAGCUGGGCGUCCCCACCAUGCAGCCCGGGGAAGUUGCCUUCUUCCUCGCCGCCUUCCCCUACGGCUACGGCCGCCCCGGCAGGGAGCCCGACGUGCCGCCCGAGGCUCCGCUGCUGUUCGAGGUGACACUGCUUGAGGUGCGGGAAAGCCUCGACCCGCAGCCGCUGCCACCCGCUGCCCGCCUGCGCCUGGGAGCACAGCGGAGGGAACGGGGCAACUUCCACUUCGCGCGGGGCGACUUCUCGGCCGCGCUGCGCUCCUACCGACUGGCGCUGCGCGCCCUGGACGGCCCCGCCGCCGCCCCGCCCGGGCCGCAGGAGGAAGAGGAGCUGCGGGAGCAGCGCGUCAAAUGCUUCAACAACUGCGCGGCCGCGGAGAUGAAACUGCAGCGGGUGGAGGAGGCGCUGGCGGCCUGCGAGGCGGCGCUGAGCAUCAGCCCGGACAACGGCCGGGCGCUGCUCCGGCGAGGGCAGGUGGGCCCCGCGCCGCCCCGCGUCGAGCCCCUGCCUGGCCGCCCGCUACCGUCCGCUCCUCUCCUCGCAGCUGCUGGCGCAGCAAGGCCGGGACGCCGAGGCCGCGCUUGUUCUGAGGAGAGCCCUGGAGCUGGACCCCGCCAGCGAGGUUGUCCACGCCGAGCUGUCGCGGCUGGUGAAGCGCAGGAGCGCCCCGGCCCCCGCCGCCCCGCAGGAGCCGCCCCGUGGCCCGAUGCCGCCGCCGAGCUCCGGGUGCGUGGUCGCGCCGUCGGACCGGGCUGCCCGCGGUGGGGUCGGGGCCGGUGCCCACUUGGCGCGGUGGCGCUCACGGCUGUCUCUCCCCGCAGAGACCCGGCACCUCCCACGGCGGAAGGAGCCGCCUGAGCAGAGCCCGCCCAGAGGAGCCGCCCCGCCGGGAGUGGAAGAGAGACGGCGGCGGAGAACCGGGUCCGCGGCG